GGCGGCGGCGGCGGAUGCGGCGGAUGCCUGCGUCCCAGGCUCGCGGGCGGCAGGCCCGGGUGAGUGCACACCCGGCGCGCGGCCGGGCUCCCGGAUGUGUUACCUUGUCCCGCUGCAGCCGAGAUGCCAGGGGAGCAGGGCCUUCCACACCCCUCCGUGUGUGCGUGACUUGUGCAUCACGGACAAUUUUGCUGAGGGAGAUUUCACUAUGGCGGAUUAUGCCUUGUUAGAAGAUUGCCCUUACGUGGACGAUUGUGUCUUUGCUGCUGAAUUUAUGACCCAUGAUUAUGUUCGUGUGACUCAGCUUUACUAUGAUGGGGUGGGUAAGCAAUAUAAAGAUUAUGUCCAAAGUGAGAGGAAUUUAGAAUUUGACAUCUGCAGUAUAUGGUGUAGUAAACCAAUUUCUGUCCUGCAAGAUUAUUGUGAUGCCAUUAAAAUAAACAUCUUCUGGCCACUUCUGUUUCAACAUCAAAACAGUUCUGUAAUAUCACGAUUGCAUCCCUGUGUGGACGCCAACAAUUCACGUGCUUCCGAGAUAAAUUUGAAGAGAUUACAACAUCUUGAGUUGAUGGAAGAUAUUGUGGAUUUGGCAAAGAAAGUUGCUAAUGAUUCACUCCUUAUUGGAGGCUUAUUGAGAAUUGGUUAUAAAAUAGAAAAUAAAAUCUUGGCAAUGGAAGAAGCUCUGAAUUGGAUAAAAUAUGCAGGCGAUGUAACAAUUCUAACUAAAUUAGGAUCAAUUGACAAUUGUUGGCCUAUGUUAAGUAUUUUCUUUACUGAAUACAAGUACCACAUAACUAAAAUUGUAAUGGAAGACUGCAAUUUGCUUGAAGAACUUAAAACCCAAAGUUGUAUGGAUUGUAUAGAACAAGGAGAACUAAUGAAAAUGAAAGGAAAUGAAGAGUUUUCCAAAGAAAGAUUUGAUAUAGCUAUUAUCUAUUACACCAGAGCCAUUGAAUAUAGACCUGAAAACCACCUUCUUUAUGGUAACCGAGCUCUCUGUUUUCUUCGUACUGGACAGUUUAGAAAUGCACUCGGUGAUGGAAAGAGAGCCACUAUUCUGAAGAACACUUGGCCAAAGGGUCAUUAUCGUUAUUGUGAUGCUCUUUCUAUGCUGGGGGAAUAUAACUGGGCCCUGCAAGCAAACAUAACAGCUCAAAAACUCUGUAAAAAUGACCCUGAGGGAAUCAAGGAUCUAAUUCAGCAGCAUGUAAAGUUACAAAAACAAAUAGAAGACCUACAAGGUCGAACAGCAAAUAAGAAUCCAAUUAAAGCCUUUUAUGAAAACAGGGCCUACACACCUAGGAGUUUAUCAUCACCUGUAUUUAGUACUUCACUUAACUUUGUGGAGAAGGAAAGAGAUUUCAGAAAAAUUAAUCACGAAAUGGCUAACGGUGGUAAUCAGAAUCUAAAGGUGAUGGAUGAGGCAUUGAUGGUAGAUGAUUGUGACUGUCAUCCUGAAUUUUCACCACCAUCAAGUCAGCCUCCGAAACAUAAAGGAAAACAAAAAUCUCGAAACAAUGAAUCAGAAAAGUUCAGUUCUAGUUCACAAUUGACUUUACCAGCAGAUUUGAAGAACAUCUUGGAGAAACAGUUUUCUAAAUCUUCCAGAGGUGCACACCAGGAUUUUGCUAAUAUAAUGACAAUGCUGAGAAGCUUAAUUCAAGAUGGCUAUACAGCCUUAUUGGAGCAGCGUUGCCGCAGUGCCGCACAUGCCUUUACAGAGUUGCUGAAUGGUUUAGAUCCUCAAAAAAUAAAGCAAUUGAACCUGGCCAUGAUUAACUAUGUCUUGGUUGUCUAUGGACUUGCCAUUUCUCUCCUUGGAAUAGGACAGCCUGAAGAACUAUCUGAAGCUGAAAACCAGUUUAAGAGGAUUAUUGAACACUACCACAAUGAGGGACUUGAUUGCUUGGCCUACUGUGGAAUUGGAAAAGUAUAUUUGAAAAAAAACAGAUUUCUAGAAGCUCUCAAUCACUUUGAGAAAGCAAGAACCUUGAUUUAUCGUCUUCCUGGAGUGUUAACUUGGCCCACAAGUAAUGUGAUUAUUGAAGAGUCUCAGCCAGAAAAAAUAAAGAUGCUGUUAGAGAAAUUUGUUGAAGAAUGCAAGUUCCCUCCAGUGCCAGAUGCCAUUUGUUGCUAUCAGAAGUGCUGUGGAUAUUCUAAGAUCCAGAUAUACAUAACUGAUCCAGACUUUAAGGGUUUUAUACGCAUCAGCUGUUGCCAGUACUGUAAAAUAGAAUUUCACAUGAAUUGCUGGAAGAAGUUAAAAACUACAACCUUUAAUGAUAAAAUUGACAAGGAUUUUCUACAAGGAAUAUGUCUUACCCCUGACUGUGAAGGUGUCAUUUCUAAGAUUAUCAUCUUCAGCAGUGGUGGUAAAGUUAAAUGUGAAUUUGAACACAAGGUCAUAAAAGAAAAGGUUCCUCCAAGACCUAUUCUGAAACAGAAAUGUUCUAGCCUAGAGAAACUAAGACUGAAAGAAGACAAAAAAUUGAAGAGAAAGAUCCAAAAAAAAGAAGCAAAAAAAUUAGCACAAGAAAGAAUGGAGGAGGACUUAAGAGAAAGUAAUCCACCCAAAAACGAAGAGCAGAAAGAAACUGUAGACAAUGUUCAGCAUUGUCAGUUCCUUGAUGACAGAAUUCUACAGUGUAUAAAGCAGUAUGCUGACAAGAUUAAAUCUGGCAUAUGGAAUACAGCCACGCUUCUCAAAGAAUUGCUUUCUUGGAAAGUUUUGAGCACAGAGGACUAUACAACCUGUUUUUCAAGCAGAAAUUUUCUAAAUGAAGCAGUGGACUAUGUUAUUCGUCACUUGAUUCAAGAAAAGAACAGAGUAAAGACAAGAAUAUUUCUGCAUGUUUUGAGUGAGCUUAAAGAAGUGGAGCCCAAAUUAGCCGCCUGGAUCCAAAAACUUAAUAGCUUUGGCUUAGAUGCCACAGGACCUUUCUUUUCUCGGUAUGAAGCAUCUCUUAAACAGCUUGAUUUUAGCAUCAUGACUUUCCUCUGGAAUGAGAAAUAUGGUCACAAACUAGACUCUAUAGAAGGAAAGCAACUUGAUUAUUUCUUUGAGCCAACAUCAUCGAAGGAAGCCCGCUGUUUAAUAUGGCUGCUAGAAGAACACAGAGACAAGUUCCCAGCAUUACAUAGUGCUUUAGAUGAAUUCUUUGAUAUAAUGGACAGCCGCUGUACUGUGUUAAGGAAACAAGACAGUGGCGAAGCACCAUUUAGUUCUACCAAGGUGAAAAACAAAGGCAAGAAAAAGAAACCAAAGGAUUCAAAGCCUAUGUUAGUUGGGUCUGGAACAACUUCAGUAACUCCAAAUAAUGAGAUCAUCACUUCAAGUGAAGACCAUAGCAAUCAAAAUUCAGAUACUGCAGGCCCAUUUGCAGUGCCUGACCAUCUUCGGCAAGACGUAGAAGAAUUUGAAGCUCUCUAUGACCAACACAGUAAUGAAUAUGUUGUCCGCAAUAAGAAGCUAUGGGACAUGAACCCAAAACAAAAAUGUUCAACUCUAUAUGAUUACUUCUCUCAGUUGUUGGAGGAACAUGGUCCCUUGGACAUGAGUCACAAGAUGUUCUCUGAAGAAUAUGAGUUUUUCCCAGAAGAAACUCGACCAAUACUAGAAAAAGCAGGAGGUUUAAAAUCUUUUCUCUUGGGAUGUCCCCGUUUUGUUGUGAUUGACAACUGUAUUGCAUUGAAGAAAGUUGCAUCACGGCUCAAGAAAAAAAGAAAGAAGAAAAACGUUAAAACAAAAGUAGAAGACAUUUCAAAAGCAGGAGAGUAUUUACAAGUUAAACUACCACUUAAUUCAGCUGCUAGGGAAUUUAAACCAGAUGUAAAGUCUAAACCAGUAUCAGGUUCAUCUUCAGCACCAGCUUCUGAAGAUGCGAAACCCAAACCUUUGUCUGCAAAUUCUCCCAAGCCAGCUUGUGAAGAUGUGAAGGCCAAACCAGUAUCCGAUAAUUCUUCUAGGCAAGUUUCUGAGGAUGGGAAACCCAAAGGGGUCUCUUCUAAUUCUCCCAAACUGGGCUCUGAGGAUGCAAAUUACAAGCGAGUCUCCUCUAAUUCUCCCAAACCGGUUCUUGAGGAUGUGAAACCAACUUAUUGGGCUCAAUCCCAUUUGGUCACAGGAUACUGUACGUAUCUUCCUUUCCAGAGAUUUGAUAACACCCGGACACCGCCAGCAUACAUAAAUGUGUUACCAGGUUUGCCCCAGUACACCAGCAUAUAUACACCCUUGGUCAGCCUUUCUCCUGAAUAUCAGCUACCAAGAUCAGUACCAGUGGUGCCGUCUUUUGUAGCCAAUGACAGAGCAGAUAAAAAUGCUACUGCCUAUUUUGAGGGUCAUCAUUUGAAUGCUGAGAAUGCUGCUGGUCACCAGAUUGCCUCCGAAACACAGAUCCUUGAGGAUUCUUCGUUAAUAUCUGUAAAGUCACAGUGCAGCACAGGUGAUGCUCAUACAGUCCUGAGUGAGUCUAACAGAAAAGAUGGGCACUGUGGAAAUUCUAACAACAAAUGUGAAGUAAUUCCAGAAAGCACCAGUGCAGUAACAAACAUUCCACAGGUGCAGAUGGUUGCCAUACAGGUAUCUUGGAACAUAACACACCAAGAAGUCAAUACUGAGCCAUAUAAUCCUUUUGAGAAACAACAAGGGGAAAUUUCACGGAUUGAAAAGGAGUACCAAGUAUUACAAGACCAACUUAAAGAAGCGUAUGAAAAUUAUGAGCAGAUAAAACUUAAGGGCUUAGAAGAGACCAGGGACCUGGAAGAAAAGUUGAAAAGGCACUUAGAAGAAAACAAGAUAUCAAAGACAGAAUUAGAUUGGUUGCUUCAAGAUUUGGAAAGAGAAAUUAAAAAAUGGCAACAGGAAAAAAAAGAAAUCCAAGAAACUCUAAAAUCACUGAAGAAGAAAAUUAAAAAGGUUUCAAAUGCCAAUGAAAUGUAUACCCAGAAAAAUGAUGGAAAGGAUAAGGAACAUGAAUUACAUCCGGAUCAGUCCCUUGAAAUCAGCAACACACUUACAAACGAGAAAAUGAAAAUAGAAGAGUGUAUAAAGAAAGGGAAAAAGGAUUAUGAAGAGAGUCAUCAGAGAGCUGUGGCUGCAGAGGUGUCCGUACUUGAAAACUGGAAGGAGAGUGAAGUGUAUAAGCUACAGAUCAUGCAGUCACAAGCAGAAGCCUAUCUGAAGAAGCUGGAGCUGAUUAGCCAUGAUCCUGCAGCAUAUCCUGACAUGGAGUCUGAUAUAUGUUCAUGGGAAUUGUUUCUUUCUAAUGUUACGAAAGAAACUGGGAAAGCAAAGUCUCAGUUUGAAGAACAAAUUAAGGCAAUUAAAAAUGGUUCUCGGCUCAGUGAACUUUCUAAAGUGCAGAUUUCCGAGCUUUCAUUUCCUGCCUGUAACACGGUUCACCCUGAGUUACUCCCUGAGUCUUCAGGCCAUGAUGACCAAGGGUUUAUGACUUCUGCAAGCGAUGUGACUGGAAACCACGCAGCACUUCACAGGGAUCCCAGUGCGUUCUCUGCUGGUGAUUCCCCAGGGGAGGCUCCUUCUGCACUGUUGCCAGGGCCACCCCCCUCUCAGCCUGAAGCCACUCAGCUGCCAGGGCCAAAAGGGGCUGGCCAGGCAGCUCUGUCAGAGCAAAGCCCUGCGGCUGAUCAGAAGCAGCCUGUUCCUCCAGGAUGUGCUGCAUGUUCAAGCCAGUCUCCAAAAAAGCCAUUCAAUAGUAUUAUUGAGCACCUGUCAGUGGUAUUCCCAUGUUACAACAGCACUGAGCUUGCUGGUUUUAUUAAAAAAGUGAGAAGCAAAAACAAGAACUCACUUUCAGGAUUGAGUAUUGAUGAAAUUGUCCAAAGAGUGACAGAACACAUUCUAGAUAAACAGAAAAAGAAAAAGCCAAACCCAGGGAAGGACAAGAGGACUUAUGAGCCCAGCUCUGCUGCCCACGUGACCAGGUCCUCCCAGGGCCCACCCUUGGCGGUUGUUGCACCAUCACCCAAAACCAAGGGGCAGAAAGCAGAAGAUGUCCCUGUGAGGGUUGCACCGGGUGCAAGUUCCUGUGAAAUAUGUCACGAGGUGUUCAAAUCAAAAAACGUGCGUGUGCUCAAAUGUGGGCACAAGUAUCACAAAGGGUGUUUUAAGCAGUGGCUUAAAGGGCAGAGUGCUUGCCCAGCCUGCCAGACUUGUGAUCUCCUGUCAGAAGAGUAGCCUGCACCUUCUGGAAGAGGCUGGCCCAGUGAGAAUCGGGAGCCGCCUUCCUGCUCCUCUAGGUAGUCACACUUCACUAAAGCGUCAUCCGCCAGCGUGUUGAAUCGGAAGAAUGACAAUUUCCUACCAUUGGUGUAAAAAACAAACAUCUGAAGACCCUUGUGCAUUGUGUGUCACAAAGCUAAAUCCAUGGAAAUCGUUAAUAUCAUUGAUAUUAAGUAAUUUCCCCACUCUGAGUGAAUACUUUGAUGAUGGCCAAGCAGUGGCUAACAAAAUGAUGGCUACCACACUCAUGGGUCGCUGGGGCUGUGCAGGGCUCUUUGAGGUGGGUAGUUUCUUUUGGAAAGUACUGUGAGCACCUCAAAGCAGUAUUCUAGUGAUAAGAAUUCUUAACAUAUUCGGCCGGGCGCGGUGGCUCACGCCUGUAAUCCCAGUACUUUGGGAGGCCGAGGCGGGCGGAUCACCUGAGGUCAGGAGUUCGAGACCAGCCUCAACAUGGAGAAACCCCGUCUCUACUAAAAACACAAAAUUAGCCAGGCGUGGUGGUGCAUGCCCGUAAUCCCAGCUACUUGGGAGGCUGAGGCAGGAGAAUUGCUUGAACCUCGGAGGCGGAGGUUGUGGUGAGCCGAGAUUGCGCCAUUGCACGCCAGCCUGGGCAACAAGAGCGAAACUCUGUCUCAAAAAAAAAAAGAAUUUUUAACAUAUUCAGGUGCCCCAUGUUUGUUCCCCUUUUGUGUUUGAAAACCUGUUCAGUAGCUCCGCAAGAGAGAUGAUACUGACUUCUAAAAUGUUUUACAAGAGUCUGUAUUCCUGAAAAUAUGCCUAUAUUUUUCCUCAAAGAUUCUGCAUUUUAAGAAUGGGCAUAAGCAAACUACAUUUUAAUAAUUUAUAGUUAAUGUUAAAAUAUUGGCUGAUUGAGACCAAAAGAUUCAAAUCUCCUCUUUGUGAAAUCCCAGCUGCAUUUCAUUUUUUAUUAUUUUAUGUCCCCCUCAAUAGAUUGUUUUAAGUGUUUACUUUUCAUCUUUUAUAGAUGUAAUCUGAUUUUCAAAAAUCGUUAACAGUUUUUAAUUAGUAUUGACUAAGACUUUUUCCCCCUGGAAUCGAGGCUGUGUGUCCAUCAUCCCAGCCCCCGGUUGGAGACUGCUCUUUGAACUCUGCUGCCCUCCUCAGCAGCUUCUGUCCUCUUCUGUGAGUCGGUCAGCAAGUUCUUGGGAUCCGCAUCCAGCCGUGCUGAGCACACAACAGGCUGUGUAUGGAAAUGGCCACCAUCAUUCUCCUUCUCGACCUCACCACAAAAAGAGAAGCUGUGUCUUUAGACAACCCUGAGCUGUCUGUGUUACAAUCGUUCUGUGUUUGACAUUUGUGUAAAGUAAUGCAUGCAAUCUUGUACUGUGGCCUAAGAACAAAACUGUAACUGCAUUUGAAACCAUGAAAAAAUUAGAUAUUGUUUUGUGACUUUUAGACAGUGAUAAAUGUAGAACCAUGAAUUCUGGACACAUUCCAUUUCUCUCCAACAUGAAGGAUCAAAAAAUGUUUUUCAAUGUGUUCUUUGUUCCACUGUAAACUUAGAGUCAUGAGAUUAUGAGCUGAUUUGGUCACCUUCCUCUGCCUUUGUUCACCAUGAGUUCUGAUGUCUUAGUGACUUAGUUCAUAGAAGCUUAUGUCUUAGUUUGAAACAGGUUCUCCACGGUGGUCCCCAAAACAUUGUCUGCAUAUCCAUAAGAAUUGAGCGCUAUGGGUGUUAACAUGCAGAAAGAUCAGUUUGCAGCAGCAAGUACAAAAGGAGAAGAGGAAUAUCUGUCGAAUGAGUGUGUUUUGUACAUAACUUCAGAUACUUGUGAACAUGCCUUAUAUUUGUCCAACAACUGUCAGAAUAAAGAACAUUCUAAAACGAGCAAAAAAAAAAAAAAAGAAAAGAAAAGAAAAAAGAAAGAGUUAAAAGCAAAAGGUGAUAAGUUACCAGAGGUGCCCUGUAAAGAACUUGGCUGAUGUGUGCAAAGGACCAGAAGGUUUACAAUGAUUACUUUAAUAAAAAUAUUGGGAACAUUUGAGGUUGGGAAAAUCAUGGAAACUGGUUCAGAUUGAGGAGACUUAGAGUCAGCCAGAAAAAUGAUGACCACAGAAAAGAAGAGACAUAAUGCAGGAAGGACUCUGCAAGGAUUAGCUGAAUAUAGAUAUCUGGAGGUGUGGGGAUAGCUGGAAGAAGGCCCUAUGUGGAUAACUGCAAGAGGGUUGGGGCUGUUAACAGAGAAUGAAAAGGGUAAAAGAGGAGGAAGAAAAAGAGAGGAAGAAGGUAAAAUAGAGAGAGAGAGAAAAAAGAUUAAGACAAAGACACAAAGAUAAUGAUGAAGAAGAAAUAAAGGAUAAGGAGAAAGGAGGAGGAGAUGGAGGUGAAUGAAGAAAGAAGAGAAAUGAAGGGCAGGAAAGUAGAAUCUUGUUCAUCACUGUGAUACUUGUUUGAAAAAUACCAGACACACAGCACAGUCUACUUUCACAGCAGCUAGAGCUAAUCAACAGCUGUAUAUGUGUGUGCACACACAUAUGCACACUUCCAUAGAAACGUGGUUGACACCCUGGAUGUUACUUCUGUAAUUGAAAAAAGACCCCUUCUCUCCAUCCCUUGCCCCUACUUCUGCUCCAGUUGUAGCCUCUUUCUAGAAAUCUUUCUAGGUUUCUGGCCUAUCCUCCUCCUGGUGGGCAGUACUGUUCCUUUUGCACACAAAGCAGAGCCAUCGUGGAAAGGCAGUUCUGGAGAGCCCCAUGAACAGGUGUGCAAACCAGGACCAGACAGAUCUGGAAAAAGCAGACAGCUAGAGGUUGGUGCAAGGGGUACAGGCAGGUAAACAGGGAUGAUCCACCAGACCAAAGGCAGGAGCUGCCUUCCCCUUUUUACUUCAGCAUAGCUCAAUAGCCUCACUCUUCAAAACCAGAAACAAAUUGUCCAUUUCAGUCCUUUCUUUUGGGAGGUAUGAUAAGAAAACAGCCAAGACCAUGGUAACAGGAGAUCCUCUUUCUCUCUAACUUGCAAAUAGGGAAGAGAUAGACAUGGUCCAUAUGAGGCAGGACAAUAUGUUUAAGUGAGAACUUAUGAGAAACAGUCCCACAUUGCCUUUAAAAUUCUGACAAAAAGUUGUCCCAUAGGCCUCUGUGUUCACAUGUGAUAGUCUACCUUUCUCUUGGGAGGCCCUUGGGGGCCUUCAGUUGUCUGUAAAUCAGAGUUUCAGAGAACAUCGGCUACCCUUAGAAAAGUCAGUGAGGUUUUGGUGCACUGAGUGUUCAUUCAUGAAGGACGGUUUGCUCUCACAAUCUGGACCUUAAUCUCCUGAUUCUGGUUCCUAGGAAGGCAUGGAGGAAACUCUCCUGCAGGCAUCCCCAGUGGGGUAUCUGCUCUAUCUAUUUCAAGAGUGAGGCCAAUGGAAGGUUUUCUCUCAUGCGGGGUGUAGAGUUGGAAGACCACACAGGGGCAGGUGUGAGAUCAUCUUGUAAGAAAACAAGCUUCUCCCUUGUCACCUGGAGAAACUUUUGCAAAUCAAUUUGCCAUCUAUUAAUUUGCCAUCACACUUCACAUAAAAAAGCAUCUUCUGUGGGUUAAUAGGGCAUCAGUGGGCAUCAUUAGAGAGAAGUUGGAUGUGUGAGUAGCACUCAUGAACCCAGGACUAUCUCUGUAUAGAACACAAGAAGUAAUUUGUUAGCAAAACCUUUUGCAGCAUCUUGUAACAGAGAGCAAUGAUAGUGCAAGAUGGAAAAUCCAGGAAAAGCAGUUUCACAUGGUUCAGAGACAAGCACAAAGAAAAUUAACACAGGAGUAGCAUUCAGCACAUUUAAAGAAAAAAAAUGAACUAUGUGGCUCUAAGGUAAUCAAACCUAUAUCAUCUGAGAAGCUACUUGCCCAUUAGCUACUUAGCAGCCUUCUUGGUUAUCAAAUCAACAGAUCAAAAAAAGAUGAACUUCCAGUUCCAAAAUGGCAGGAUAGAAGCAAGCUGGCUUCACUCACCCUCCCUCCCUGAGAAAACCUAAAUCAAAUGUACAGUGUUGAGAUUGUCACCAGCAAUAUCUGAGAACUCAAAUAUGAAGGUUAGGCAGUUCCAGGGGCACAGAGAAGUAAAAAAAAAAAAUCCAAGCAGACAGAGAUUUGGAUUUCUAUGUCUGCAACACAUCAACCACAAUCUGCCCUGCACCAAUGAUGCAGAAACAUUUCCCCAGACUUAUGUGUUCUACACUGGAAUACCUGAGAUUGAGGCAGACAACCAGCUUCUCCACCAUCUUGAGUUCUUGGCAGGAGAACCGUCCCUGCCUUAACCCACAGGAUGCAUCAUGAGUGCCCAUAAAAAGAAAUCUCCCUGAGGACAGCCAGGCACAAAGGGUGGAAGUGGGACAUUAUCACCCACAGCCCUGAGAACUCUGCUGUGUUACUCAGACAAAAAGGACACCAUUCAGAGUUGCUAUUCAGCAGCACUAUGCUGUAAGUGGUUCAUUCCACAGGCCCACUCGGCACAACCCCCAGCCAGCCUUCCCACACUAUCAGGUUAUCCCAUUUAGAACCUCCACCACUGGGGAUGAGCAGUGCUGGGAUCUGUUACUAAAGCUUAGGCAAACCUGGGCUUAAGGCAUCAUGUAAUGCCAAAAAGGAGGUAGUAACCCAGUGGUGGGGUGGGGGAGGGGCAGGUGUACAGAGAAAGAAAUUGAAAAACUAAAACCAAUCUCUAGCAAACAAAUGCAAUAAAAACCAAAACAAGCCAGACAGAGACGACUGGCAUAAAUAACUAAUCUAUCAAUGCAAAGAAAUAAAUGUACAUUCACAGGAAACAAAAGAAAACAGGGAACUGUGACCUCCACAGUCAAAGCAAGGAUCUGGUGACUGACCUUAAUGUGAGCUCUCCGACCAAAAAUUCAAAAUAGCAGUUUGAAGGAAACUCGAUAAUCUUCAAGAUAAUACAGAAAAGCAAUUCAGAAACUUAGGAGAAAAAUUUGACAAAGAAAUUGAAAUCAUUUUUUAAAAAUCAAAUAAAUUGUUGAACUACGGAAUGCAUUUGCUGACCUGAAAAAUUCAUCAGAGGUUCUUAACCGCAGAAUGGAUCAUGCAGAGAAAGAAAUCAGUGAGCUAAAACCACCUAUUUGAAAAUACAGUCUGAGGAAAAAAAGUAAUUAAAAAAUGAAGGUGUGCUGCUAUCAUGGGAAGGAACGGAAAAAGUGAGUAAAUACAGCACCUUUAACUGAAAUAUCCAGGUACAUGCAUUGGAACUAAUCAAGGAAAUAACUCAACUCACGAAGAACAGAGAAAUGUAAGGCAGGCCAAUUCCCCACCUGGGAGUGACACAGAGCCAGGAGAACCUCCCCUGCCUAGGGAAGCAGUGAGUGAGAGAGAAACCCUGGGAACCCACGCUUCUUUGCAACUUCUAGUUCAGGAGAUUCCCUAAUGAACCCACUCCGCCAGGGCCUUCAGUCAUAGCUAUGUGGAAUCUUGGCAGAGCAGCCACUCAGGCACAUGCAGAGCCCCAAGAACCUUAGAUACCCAUGCUUCCCAGCAAAAGCAACUUAACUCUGGCAUAGACCCCCAUACAUAUAUACCCUUAGAAAAGGGGUUGAAUACAGGGGGCUGAGCAGAGAUUUUCUGCAGGUCCUGUUUUCAUGGCACCUCACAGGAUAAAACCCAUUGGCUUGGAACCCCAGCCAGCCACCACCCUGAGCUCACAAAGGGCACUAUCAUGGCUGGGCCAAAAUGAUUGCUGAUGAUAAGCCAGACUCAAUGGUAUGCAGGACCUACCAUCACUGUUAGGUGGGACCAGGCACUGUAUCUCUGCAGGGCCAUCACCCGGAAUAUUUCAGUCCACUAUGUGCAUUUGUCUGAGCCAGACAGAUUUGUGCCGGUUUUACACCUCCCUGAGACACAUCUCCCAGGGGGAGGAGUGGGAAACCAUCUUUGCUGCUUCACAGCCUUAGUGAGUGCCUUAGGGCUCUAGGGAGUCUGAGUCAAAUAGGGACUAGAGCGAUCCUCUGGCACAGCCAAGAGGCUAAAAAGAGAAGCAGUCAGACUGCUUAUUCACGUAGGUCUCAAAUCCUGUUUCUCUUCACUGGGAAAAAUCCCUGAUUGGGGUCUCCAGUCACCCCUGCUGGUGUUAUGUGGCCAUCAGCGGUUUUAAACCUCCCUGGAAUGGAGCCCCCAGAAGGAGGAAUAGGCUGCCAUCUCUUCUGUUUGGCCACCUUAGCCAUUCUUGCCUUUGGGCUUUG